AGGGACUGUGUCUGUCUGGAGGAGGGAGGGUGGGAGGAUGGCAAGAGUAGCCAGAGGGAACCAGGGACUGGGUAGGAAAACAAUGGGCAGACUCUUCCCAUAGGGGUGGGUUGGGGUGGGUUGUUGAUUCCAAGAGGCAGAGGCAGGGGGCUGGGCAAGAUGACCUCUGCACUCCCAGGCACUGAAUGUAGCCCCAGAACUGAGAGUGGGAUUGGAAGCUGAGAUACCCUGCUGACCACUCCCUCUCGCUUUGUGCUCACAGGACCACUGGGAGCUCGGCCGCAGACAGGGGAUCUGGUCCGGGCCGGCGGCAGGAAAGACCCUGAUGAGUGCCCCGAGUCCCCAGACCGAUGCCGCCCAAAGGGAAGAGCCAGGGACCCGGUUCGCGGGCGCCUGCGGUCCGCGCACAGGGCUGGCUGCCCGGCCUGCUGUCGCCGGCGCUAUGCUGUGCCUGUGGUUUGUGCGUGCUGCUGGCGGGCGUGAACGUGACACUGGUGGGCACCUUCGCCUCUUUCCUGCCCAGGCUCAAUGUGCCGCUGAUCGUAGGGCCGGCGCUGCUGGUGGUGGCAUUCGGCUUCUUCGCGGCCUGCUGCGCGUGUAGCCGCCGGGUCCCCACGUCCCGCCCGCGCUCCACGGCAGCAAAGGGCGCGGACCAGGGGGGCGGUGGCACCGGCCCCGUGGCGCUGGAAAUGGAGAGCAGCGAGCGCACGGCGCAGGACACCACGGCCGUGCAGCUGAGCCCCGCCGCCUCAGCUGCUUCCUCCGGCCGCUCCAGCCCAAGCCCCUGCCCCUUCGCCCUGGACUCCCCCGCGACUGCUGUGGCCUACACACCGCGCACCAACGGGGUCCGGCUCAACCUGCCCCGGGAGCGCGAGGCCCCCUAGCGGUGCGGGCCCUCCCGGACCCGCCAAACCGGGGUCCUUUCGUUCAGUGCCAUGUAAGAAAAAAGAAAGAGGAGGAGGAGAAAAAGACAAGAAAAAGGAAAUUUUCUUAAGGGUCAGGCGCUGGGCACAGGUAGCCUCAUCUGUGCCAUCUCUGGAACUUCUGGAGGGCAGAGUGUGCCCAGGCAUGUCCCCACUGCCAGGGGUGAGCAGCUCCUUGGCGCUCCAGAUGGGGUCUGCUAGGCCCUACAUUACUGCAUUCCCCAGACUUGAUGAAAUGGGACCCCUGGACCUUGAGUCCUAACACUACCACCACCCACAGCUUUUGGGCACUAUGAAUGGGGCCACUCUGAGAGGGACCGACUACCAGCAAAGCCCACACCUCCAAGGGGUAGGAUGAAGCGGGAGAAGGGGAGGAGUAUCAGCCCCAGGUGUCUGCUGUCCUUGCACACUGUGAAAGGUCACCAGCUCCCCUCUGCUCCUCCUCGCCCUCCUUGCCUCCA